AUGAAGAUGUACGAUAGAAUAAUGCAGUGCACGAAUGGGCGCCACGGGAACAAGGCAGAGGAGAGCUGCUCCGAGAGUGAAGGCAGCAGCACGGACAGCUCAAGUGUAAUGAGCGAGAAGAUAGACCCAUGUAAAUACGUAACGUACGAAUGUCAACACAUUUUAUUCUUUUCCUGCUUCCAGUUGUCUCUCUCCCUGAUGUUUUCUCUGUAUUGCGAGUUCUACUACCUGGCCAUUUUUAACACGGGCCUUUUAUUAACUUCAAUAAUACACUGGAGGAACCCCAAAUUGGGAUUGUCUAGGACGGUAGACAUAACGAUGACUCUUAUGAAUAUCCUAAUGCACCUUAUUCAUUCGUUUAAAAUAAAUUCCAUGUGUUUCUUUGUGUGUAUUUGUGGGGCAAUUUUUAUGUUUAUACUUUACUUUGCUGGGAAGAGGUUCAGUUACAAUUCGUACAGCACCCUCUACCACCUCCUCAUCCACACCACCGGCACCAUGUCCUCCCUCUCCAUUUACUACAUCUCGAAGAACAAGCUCAUUGACCGAGCUUGA